AUGUCAUUUGUAGCAUCACAAUCAGAAAAACAACAAUUGUGUUUUCCAGAAAUUAACACAUUAUCUUCAAGUUCAUCUAAUUCCGAAAAUUUGCAACAAAAAAAGAUUUUAAAAAAAAAAAACUGUAAAGAAAAAUCUAAAAAACAAAGAGAAAAUUCUAACUUAUCUCUAAAAAAAUGUGAUGAAAAUUUGAAAAAAAAUUCUAAGGGUACUAAAUUAUUUGAUAGAUUAACAGAAAUAAAUCAUUUUGUAAAAGAAGAUAUAUCUAAUAAUGGUACAGAAUCACAUAAAAAAGAUACUAAGUCAGUUGAAAUUUUGGGUAACCAAAGUAUAAUAGAUGAUUCAGUUUAUAAUUUUAUAUUUACAAGAAAUUUUUUUAAAUUAGCAUCUUCUGUUGGGAUAAUGUUAGGACUUGGAAAUAUUUGGAGAUUUCCAAUGGUAGUUUAUGAAAAUGGUGGUGGAACAUUCAUUGUUGUUUAUCUUAUAUUAUGUGUAAUAAUUGGUUUUCCUGCUGCUUAUAUGGAAGGUAUUCUUGGACAAUUUUCAAAAUCACCACCAUCAUUUGCUUUUAAUAAAAUUGUUCCAAUAAUGAAAGGAUUAGGAUGGACUGGUGUAAUGAUUAAUAUGCUUAUGACAGCAAUAUAUGGAGUAAUUUUAUCAUGGAUAACAGUUUAUUGUGGCAUUUCUUUAAUAUCUAAACAUCGAUUUAUAUUUUCGUGUAAAAAUAGUCACAAUACAAAAAAUUGUUUUUCAAUAUAUGACAAUAAAGAUUGUUUUAAUAAUCUACAUUCAGAAUUAAAAAUUAACUUAGAAUAUAAUAAUACAUAUUUUCUUCCAAAUGGUUAUCAGGGUGGUACAUGUGUUUUUUCAAAAAUUGAUGAUCAAAUUACCGAUGUAGUGAGGCUUCAUUAUACUAAUGAAAGUUAUCAAUCAGCAGCAAAAGAAUUUUUUGAAAGAUUACUUCUUGAUAAAACAGAUAACGUUAAUAAAGUUGGAGAUUUAAAUGGAACAUUAGUUACAACUUUAGCAAUAAUUUUAGCAUUUACUUGUUCAAUUAUUGUAUUAAACAGUAACAAAUAUAAGUACUUUAGCAAUGCUGUAUCUGUUGCUUCAUCUUUUGCUACAUUUUUAUUUAUGACACAAACACUUACAAUGAGUGGAUCACAAAUUGCUUUAAGUCAAUAUUUUUUCAAUUUUAAUUAUAUAGAUUUUCUAUCAGCAAAAACAUGGGUUAAUGCUGCUGCUCAACUUUGUUAUUCAUUAAGUAUUGCUGAAGGAUCAUAUAUUAAUUUAACAUCAAAAAAUAAAAAAAAAAGUAAUAUUUUUAAGGAAACAAUUGUUAUAAUGAUUUGUGAUAUUGCAAUGUCUUUGACAUGUACUUUAGCUGUUUUUUCAGUAACAGGACAUUUAGCUUACAAAUAUAAACUUACUAAUAUCAGAGAUUUAGUAGAUUAUGGAGCUAUGCUUUUAUUUGUAGCAAUACCAGAAGGUGUAUCUGAAAAUUUUGCUGGAAAUGUUUAUAUGCUUAUAUUCUUUUCUUUUACAUUUGUACUUGUUCAAUCAUCAUUGGCAUAUUACAUAGAAUCAAAUGUUUGUUGUUUUAUGGAUCAAUUUAAAAUGGACAUAUCUAGAAGAUCUUCAAUUAUUAAAUUAAUUGUUAUUGCUUUAUUUAUACUUUCACUACCUAUGACUUUUGGAAAUGGUAUUUAUUGGAUUGUAGCUUUUGAUGAUGCUACAACUACUUCAUUACCAAUUUUAGCAUUAAUUGAAAUUGGGGCAAUAUCAUAUUUUUAUGGUAUUGAUAGAUGGAUGCUUGAUAUUAAAACAGUUUUUAAAAAUGAAGGAGUAAAUCAUUCUAAAAUUUAUGGAUCAUCAGGUGCAAUAAUCCGUUAUUUAUGGAAAUAUAUAACACCAAUGUCUUUGUUUUUUGUUUGUAUAGGAGCAAUUUACAAAAUAAUUAAUGGUCCAUUUAAAAUUGGAGAAUAUGAAAUGCCAAAUCAUGUAGCAAUUAUUGGUUGGAUAGUAGGUCUUACACCUUUUUCUUUUACAUUUGGAUUUGCUUUUUUUAUACUAUUAAAAUCUAUAGUUACUAAAAAUAAAAUUCCUAAAUUAGUAGAUGUCAAACCAGAUUGGCCUACUUAUAAUGAAGAUUAUCAAUCUAAAACAAAAUAUGAAAUUAAUAUCCAAAGAAGAAACUUAGAUGAUAUAAAUUGA